CGGUUUCAAUUAACAUGUAUAUAGGAAGUAACUCUCCAAAACCAGCUGGAGGGAGUGCCUUCAUGUCCCCCGCCUAGUGAUGGUGCAGACCAUGUGUAGACAGGCACAGGAAAGAGUCACACUUGUUUAACAGCCUCAAUUACAGUAACACGCUCUGAUCUGCUGGGCUUCUUGACAACACAGUCACAUGGUUUGAAAAGAAAAAAGGCAAGAGGAGGAGGAGGUUGAGACCGGAUAGCAGCAUGCUUACCUGGCAGACUGUUAGUCUCACGUUAGACUCCCCAAUGAAUUUACCUGACACUUCUGUGCACUUGGGCACCUGUUGGAGAAACUGAAAGGACAUGACACAGAACGGCACUGUGGCCGGCAAUGGCACUCAAACUGAUUCUCUCAAAAUUGUGAUCGUAGGAGACGGUGGUUGUGGGAAAACAUCACUGCUUAUGGUGUAUGCCAAAGGAGAUUUCCCAGAGAAAUAUGCUCCAUCUGUGUUUGACAAAUAUGUCACCACUGUAUCCUAUGGAGGGAAGGAUAUUCAGCUGAACCUUUACGAUACGGCAGGCCAGGAAGAUUACGAUCGUUUGAGGCCUCUGUCGUAUCAAGAAGUAAACCUUGUUGUCAUCUGCUACGAUGUGACUAAUCCGACGUCGUUCGACAAUGUCACGAUAAAGUGGUACCCAGAGGUCCAUCAUUUCUGCCGUGACAUCCCCAUUAUCUUGAUAGGAUGCAAGACAGACCUGCGAAAGGACAAAGAGAAGACGAGGAAGCUCAAAGCUUUAGAUCAGGCGCCCAUCACCUACCUCCAGGGUGAACAGAUCCAGAAGCAAUUGAAUGCUGAGAUAUACCUGGAGUGUUCAGCUAAAUAUAGAGAAAACGUAGAGGACAUUUUCAGAGAGGCAACCAAGCGAGCGCUAGCAGCCAGGGCUAAAGCAAGACAUCGCAAGAAGAAGAAACGCUGUAACAUUCUGUGACCGCUGCCAGAAGAACACACUUGUUUAUAUGAACUAGGAUAUUCUGUAAACAUCUGCAAAGCUUCUCACAAUUGUUUAAGCUUUCGCAAAGGAAUAUUUUUCAGGACAUGUGGUAUGCUUUUUCUCACAAUCUGUCCACCAAGCAAGGCUUAACUGUUUGACAGAGGUCAGUCACCAGGGUGUGUGUGAUAAGUCUGUAAUGGUCCACGCCACAUCCUUCUGCUGGUGUCACUGAUGUGACUUGAUGGAAUUUGGUCUGCCAUGAUUGUGGAUGCAAUAGGAGAUGGGAAAACUGCUGCUGAUGUCUCAGGGAUGACUAUACAUAUAUCACAUGGUCACAUUUUAAAUGUGAAGAAGAACCUGCCACUUACACUGGGUGUAACAUGUUUCUGUUGUGUAAUGCAUCUUAUUUACUUGCACAAUAGUAGCAGUUUUUAACCUUUGAGUUAUAGUAUUUUGUGAGUCUAUAAAGCUUUCUGAAAGAAAAAACAACAAAAACAAAUAAGCCUGUGGUGUACAAAAAAAUAAAAU